AUUAUGGUGAGGGGAAAAGAAUUUGAGGAUGGCUGAAGAGCAAGUAGCAACAGAAGUUGCCAUUCAUGGAGACGUCUUAGAAACCAUUUUCUCUUACGUCCCUCUCAUUUAUCUUCUCCCAGCCAACACCGUCUCCAAGGCCUGGAACGCCGCAGUUUUUUCCUCCCUUCGUCGCUUCAACAAGCCCAAACCUUGGCUCAUUGUCCACACCCAGAGCAUCCGCGCCUCUCACGCCACCACCACCUUCGCUUACGAUCCGCGUUCCAACAUCUGGCUUCAUAUCCACCAAAAGCUGGCCACUAGACACGAGUCGGCUCUACAUUCCUCUGACUCCCAGCUCCUCUACACUCUCACUCCUUCCAAAUUCUCCUUCUCCAUCGACCCUUUCCAUCUCACGUGGCACCAUGCGAACCCACCCGCAGUCUGGCGCACCGACCCCAUAGUUACCGUAGUUGGCCACCGCAUCAUCGUCGCCGGCGGAGCCUGUGACUUCGAGGACGACCCUUUGGCUGUCGAAAUCUACGACAUCAACGCUCGUACGUGGGAAAGGAGCGAGUCCAUGCCUGCCACCCUAAAAGACUCAGCAGCCUCAACGUGGCUCUCCGUUGCCGCUGAUACGAAAACAAUUUUCAUGAUGGAGCAGAUGUCCGGCGUUGCGCACUCUUUUAAUCCCGAUUCUAAGAUCUGGUCUGGACCGUUCGAUUUGCGUCCUGAUCGAAGCAUUUACUUUUCGGUGAUAAGGUUUCAUGGGGACAGCUUGAUUAUGGUGGGACUACUCGGAGAUUCAGAGAAUAUAAAUGGUGUGAAAGCCUGGGAACUAAGUGGCGAGUCAUUGGAGUUUUGUAAAGAAAUCGGGGUGAUGCCAAAGGAGUUGGUGGAGAAGCUGAAAGGAGAGGGAACGAGCUUUAGUUCAAUAAGAGUAAGUUCCAAAGCUGAUUUUUUCUAUAUAUACAAUCCUGGAGAGCCUGGAGAAUUGGUGGUGUUAGAGGUUGGCGGCGAAGGGCUGUGUCGGUGGGGAAUUUUGAGGAAUGCGGCGGUGAAUGAUGGUAGCAGGGUGGCGGAGAGGUUAGUGGUUACGUGCUCUGACGUGGGGUUGGGUGAUAUAGGUAAAGUGGUGGGGUCUGGGAAUGGAAUUUUCACUAUAUUGAAAUGUUAAUCAUUGGUUUUUACCUGUUUUACCGUUGUUGAAUCAUGUUUUGAACUUUUUUGUAAGUCUUCAUCAAUUUGGUGUGUAUUUGGCAGUGAAUUUCGUAUAUUUGUUUAUUCAUUCGGGCUUCCAAAUUAUUUACCGCGGUAAAAUAUGAUUGAUUAAUUGAUAGUUUAAGUAAUAGAUUUUGAUGCCGACUGAAUUUUGGAUUACUUUGGUACGAUAUCCAAAAUUACGUUUGAAAAUUAAGACUAUGAACAGAGUUUAUAUU